AUGGACUAUCACAACGUUCUGUGUCUUACACUGAUUUUUCAUGCCGUUUUAGUCUGGAGUAAUGGUGAAGACGGUCUAACCUGCCCAGAACACCAGCAGGCUUUUGAGAGCUCCUGCUAUGAAUUUGUGGGUCUGCAGCGUAGUUUUCUCAGCGCUCAAGCUUGGUGUGAGAGGGGCGGCGGGCACCUGGCCUUCAUCCAGAAUGACGAGACCCAGCAGUUUCUCCAGAAACACCUGCAGACAGAACAAAGCUGGUGGAUCGGACUAGCGCCUUCUUCUGUCAAUCUCACUUUGGAUCCUGCAGCCACAGACGUUCUCUUAUCCUGGCUGGAUGGCUCGGAUGUCAGUUUUUCCAGCUGGCUCAGUGAGCCUGCACAGAACGCGAGCUGUGGAUGCAUCAUGAGAGAUUCUGGAUUUCAGUGGGAGACCACCACUAACUGCAGCCAGGAGCUUUAUUUUAUCUGCGAAUUUGAGUCUGGGCGUUCAUUAGCCUGCGCCGAUCAUAACGCUACACUUCAAUGUGGCUCUGGUCAAGUGAUAGAGAUUGACGACAGUUUCUACGGGAGGAAAACGCUGCAUUACUGCAGGAGCGGUCGCAGUCCGACCAAUGCAUCUCCACAGGAGGAGGAGUGCAGCUGGGUGGACAUUGUAGAUACGGUCUCAGGGAACUGCCACGGGCUGCAGGUGUGCCAGGCUGCUAUUGAUAUCUCAUCCUUUGGAGAGCCGUGUCCGACUUUUGGAAGCUAUUUGUCAGUGGAAUAUCAUUGCAAAAAUGCUCUUCAUCUGUUGAUGAGCAAACUGGCAGCAGUUUUUGACAAUGUCACAAUUACAGUGAAGUGGCUGUUACACCCUUUUCAAGGCAACCUCACGUGCACAUUGAGUGCAGGUGAUGGGCACGUUAUAGAGAAUUACAGUCCAGAUAAGAUGGAGAAUGUGGUCCAUAAGUACAACAGCGCUGGACUGUACACGGUCACGGUCGAGUGUAGUACCAGUGAAUGGCACGUGACCGCCCAGAAGAGCAUCCUCAUCCAGGAACCACUUGGAGAGUUUGGGACCGUGCAGUGCUACAGCCUGAAUCAAUCCACAGACCAUACAAACUGCAGAGCUCUUUAUAAUAACCCACUGAACAUUGAAGUGCAGUUAGAUGCAGGAACAAACGUCACCUACAAAAUUCAACAUGGACACAAGAAGCUGAAUUCCUCAUCUGCUCUCAAAGGGCUUUCACGUCACAACAUAACCUUAUCUCCAGAAGCCCAGCUCCAGAUGGGACCAGGCUGUCACCAGCUCACCAUAGCGGCUCUCAAUGAGGUCACGCGCACAGAUCGAUCCACCAGCCUGAAUGUGUGCUUAAUGGAGCCGUUGGAGGACCUCUGGGCAGAAGUGGAAUUCAAGCAAGAAAAGUGUCCGGCUUAUGACCUGCAUGUCAACGUUUCUCUGGCUCGGGGGGCUCCAGUGCUGCUGCAUUUCCUGUUGUCUGGAACCAAUCACACCUUUUCAGAGAAGCAUGAGAUGGAAUCCGGAGGUCCACAGACUUUCCGUAUCUCAAACACAGUACCAGGCGGAUUCAAUGUUGCGAUCAGAGCAACAAAUAACUUCUCGGUUUUGGAAACAGAUGCUGGAAACGUAACAGUUUAUUGCCACAAUGAAACGAAUCUGAAGAUAAUUGCUGAUCCAGAGGUUCCAGUCAUUGGCUCUAGUAGUGUGAAGUUAUAUGUGAAUGGAUUAGAUGAUGAAAACACUAUCUGGAAAUGUAACGAGACGUGUCCCUGUACCACUGAAGUGAAAGGCAGCACAUAUGAGAUACCGGAAGCAUGUCUGCCACCUGUCUACAGUUUCUCACUAUAUACUGCAUUUACCAAAUCAAACGGUUACCAACAAAGCACAACUAGAUGCAUCACCGUCGUUCCUGGGAAUGAUAUACAGCUACAUAUAAACUGCUCAAACUGCGAUCCAGUCAAUAUUGCAGACGCUGUUACACUGCAGGUGGAAUGUGAAGACUGUCAAAAAGUUGUGUGGUACAUUGAGAGCACAGAGGAUUUUACUGGUUUACUAAGCGACUGUCACUCAGAGGCAGUGCAAAGACCAUUGAUAAAGCAGGCAGAGGAUGUUACCUCUCUUACUAUAGACAGCGAAGGUCUGCAGAAAGCAAACCAUGAUAUCACAGUGGUGGUUUAUGCUGUCAAAGACAACUUAUCUGGAUCUGCUAAAUACAUUGUUCCAGUAACCAGUACGUCCAUUAGUGAGACAGAUUCUCUUCCACUGACUCCUGUGCCUCCAUCCAUCUUAAAUCCGCCCUCUUGUACCAUUAGCCCUGUAAUGGGUGAUGUUCUCUCACCCUUUAAUAUCACCUGUCCUGUGGAUCCAUUUUUCUGUGAAGCUGGGCCCUGUACAUACUGCUUUAAAACAGACAGAGGAAAAAUUUUAUACUGUGGUGUCGAGCAUGCGGUAGAGUCGCUUUAUCUUCCUCUAGGGGAUGAACGUAAUAACUACAUCCUGACAGUGGAAAUCACUGUUACAAAUGCUGUAGGGCUUGCUGUCAACUCUACUGUAACUACAUGGGUGAAUCAUACAGUUAAGCCCACCAUUGAAGAUCUUCAGGUGCUUGUUUCCAGCCAGGUAUCUCAGCUGCAGCAGCAGGGUCGAUUCACAGGUGCAGCGCUGGCACAAAUGUUCACGUCUGUAUCAAACAGACUGAACGAUGCGUUGCCUGACCUACAGGAUAAACAUUUCAAAAAAGAGCUGAGACAACAAAUGUUGCAAAGCAUGAGUGUUGCCAUAAGCAUGGAACCCCUGAAGAACCCAGCAGAGGUUCAGAUGAGUGCUGAUGCUGUCGUAGGCCUCACAACACAAGGAGACGAGUUAACAGACACUGCUCAGCUACAGGCUAGUUCGGUUCUAACAAAUCUCAGUCAGUCUCUGGUCGAUCUGAGCCAUUCUGCUGAGGAAUUCUCUGGGCAGGUGCUACAAGCCGCCAUGCCGAUUAUCGAUGGUGUCAGUAACAUCCUUAAAGUUUCUUCAAGCAAAGAUGAGCAGAGUGAGAUCUCAGGUCAUUUAAUGAACACGGUGGGCAAUGUUCAGAGUGCCUUGCUGGCUGGGAAAGAGGUCAACCAGGAGCCCACCAUUCUGAGCACUUCAGUGAUGGGUUUAUAUGUCAACAGAUUGUCCGUAGAUGGACUUCAGAAACAAUCUUUUAACAUUGAGAACAGCAACUCCGCCAGUUUUUUGCUCCCAUCUCUAGGUGCUAAUGUUCUAUCUGCAGAUGAACCGGUAGAUGUUCGGAUGAUGAGUUAUAAGAUAAAUCCGUUCUCCUGGUGUGAGAGCGAGCAGAUCAGUGGAUCCAUGGGGUCUCUCUCUCUUACAAAAAAGAACGGUUCUGUGAUUCCGGUGUCAAACCUCACUGAGGAGAUUGAGAUUCUUUUACCAAGAACAGAGAUGGAGAAUGUUAACCAAACUCUUCUAGAUCUGGGAAACUACAGCACUGUGGUCAUCAAUGUGACCACACCAAACAUAUCUCUGGUUUUGAGGUUUGAACCUUCAGAGGACACAUCUCUGCACCUGCUCCUGGGUUUUCAGGAUUACCCAAACGACACGAAUUAUGAUGCUCUGACUCAGCUGCCUCGAGACGGGAAAUCUGAAGAGGAGAGGUACACAUGGGUGAUUAACCCUACGGAAAUGCCCAUAGAAGUGGGUGUUUACUACCUACUAGUGAGGCCUGUAGUUGACGCAGGGGUGAAUUUCACAAACGCCUCGGUUUUCGUCACAACCAUUGCUGCUCAAUGUUUGUACUGGGAUGAGAUGAACGGCAACUGGAGUCGUGAUGGCUGUAGGGUUGGUCCUCGCACUACAGCAUCGGUUACUCAGUGCCUGUGCACCCAUUUGACAUUUUUUGGGAGCUCAUUCUUCGUCAUGCCCAACAUGGUCGAUGUGUCUCGCACGGCUGAACUCUUCGCCAACUUUGUAAACAACCCAGUGGUGGUGUGUUUCGUCGGAGCCAUCUUUCUGGUGUACCUGGUUGUCGUGGUGUGGGCACGGAGGAAGGACAUUGAGGAUGUUGUGAAGGUGAAAGUCACUGUACUUGAAGACAAUGAUCCCUUGGCGGAAUAUCGUUACCUGUUAAGCAUCAACACUGGGCAACGCCGUGGAGCCUCCACUUCCUCUCAGGUGACAGUGAUUCUGCAGGGUGCAGAAGGUGAAAGUGAAGCUCAUCAUUUGACUGAUCCUGAUAAGCCAGUGUUUGAAAGAGGUGGGCUGGAUAUGUUCUUGUUGACCACACCGUACUCACUGGGAGAACUUGAGAGCAUCAGACUGUGGCACGACAACUCAGGGGAUUAUCCUGCUUGGUAUGUGAAUAAGGUCAUGGUACAGGACCUGGAGACUGGACAGAAGUGGCACUUUCUGUGCAACUCUUGGUUGGCUAUUGACAUGGGAGAGUGCACGUUGGACAAAGUCUUUCUCGUAGCGACAGAGAUGGACUUGAAAAGGUUCAGCAAUCUGUUCUUCAUGAAGACUGCAAAAGACUUCCGUGAUGGUCACAUCUGGUUCUCUGUGAUCAGUCGUCCACCGAGCAGUAACUUCACCAGAGUGCAGCGUGUCUCCUGCUGUUUCUCACUGCUGCUCUGUACAAUGUUGACCAGUAUCAUGUUCUGGGGUAUCCCAACAGACCCCUCCGAGCAGACCAUGGAUCUGGGUCAGAUUGAGUUCACCUGGCAGCAGGUCAUGAUUGGAAUCCAGAGUUCAAUCAUCAUGUUUCCCAUCAACCUCCUCAUCGUGAGCAUCUUCAGAAACGCUCGCCCAAGAGAGCGAACGACGGAACCGCCUACGAUACAACGGUCAAAGAUAGAUCCGGCUAAGCAGGGUAAAACUGGACGUGUGUCCCCGAAUCAGCCACCCUCUCCAGACAAUAAUCACAAGGAAAUCACUCCAGACACUGUAAUAAAGGACAUUAAACGGAUCGCACAGUCCCUCCAUAAGGUCAUGAGAAGACCCGUUCCAAAGAUAGAAGUGGACCCUGGUAAAACAGAUAUCAACACUCUACUGUCACUGGUUGAAGAGGUAAUACGUCAACACAAUCGAGUCGGUAAUGAGUUUUACACCGACUCUUCUAAAAAGGAGCAAAGGCUUGCUGUUUCUCUGAGAUGUGUGAAUCUGCAAGAGACCAGUUUUUGUGAGAGCCCCGAGCGAAGUGAAAAAAGCAUCAUCUACAACCAAUAUCUCUACAAACAACUACAAAACGUGGAGAGAGAAUUGAGACUGCUCAGGCCUUCAUCUUUCUCGAAGCCGGACAGUUACAGCCGGGCUGUAUUGCAGGUGCAGGGCAUGAAGAACUUACUUGAACCUCAAGUCUCCUGUUCCGGCGGUCAGCACACACGCAGCUCCAGCCCAACAGAGGGCAGCGGUCCAGACAAAAAAAAGUGCUGCCAGAAAGGCUUGCCCUGGUGGUUUGUGUUUGUGGGUUGGUUUCUGGUGGCGGCCACCAGCGCCGUUUCAGCGUAUUUCACUAUGAUGUACGGCCUGACCUAUGGGAAGGAGCGAUCCAUCGGCUGGCUGGUUUCUAUGGUGGUGUCUUUCUUUGAAAGCCUCUUCAUCACGCAGCCUUUAAAAGUACUUGGAUUUGCUGUCUUUUUUGCUUUGGUCCUCAAAAAUGUUGACCAAGAAGAGUAUGGAGACAUUUCCAUAGAUGGAGCUUUGCCCAGCACAGAUGAUCCUGAUGCGGUCAGAAUAGCCCGGAGAAACAGUACAUGUAGUUUCUAUCAGCCUCCUCCGCCCACUGACAUCGAAAAGAUGAGAAACAACAUGAUCAAAGAACAGAAAGCUUUCGCUCUCAUCAGAGAAAUUCUAAUUUAUGUCGGCUUCCUGUGGAUGCUCCUCUUGGUGGCGUACAGUCAGCGAGAUCCAAACGCGUACUAUCUCACUCAGCACAUUCGGCAGAGCUUCAGCAAUGGCAUUUCAGAGAGCAUGGAGCAGAAAGAUAUAUUCAACUGGGGGAAAACAUCCUUACUGAAUAAUCUGUUUGGCCAAUAUCCAGGCUUCAUUACUGAUGGAAACUCAAAACUUGUUGGCAACGCUCGUCUCCGUCAGGUCAGGGUGAGGAAAGGCUCUUGUAAGAUUGCUAAACCGAUUCAGCAUUCCGAUGUUGACUGCAACGGGCCAUAUUCUUGGGACACAGAGGACAUGGGCUCCUACGCACCAGGCUGGAUCCAGUUGAAUGUGAAUGAUUCAAAGACUCUUUUACAACCUUGGCAGUAUCAAAGUCAAGCCAAACUCAGAUCAAACCCAGUUUGGGGGAGCGUGGCCCUUUACAAGGGUGGAGGAUUUGUGGUGGACCUGGGCUCAGAUCAGCAGAACGCAAGCAGACUCCUUCAGUAUCUUUUUAACAACUCUUGGCUGGACGUGUAUACGCGGGCAGUCUUUGUCGAGUUCACAGUAUACAACGCAAAUGUAAACCUCUUCUGCAUUGUGACUCUCAUGUUCGAAACCACAGGAGUGGGUGCAUUCCAAGAUCGAAGUGAGGUACAGAGCGUCCAUCUCUACCAGUCUACGGGUGGCUUUCAUGUGUUUAUAAUGGCAUCAGAGGCCAUCUAUUUCCUCUUCAUCCUUUACUACAUGUUUGUGCAGGGCAAACUAAUGAGACAGCAGAAAUGGGCGUUUUUCAGAAGCAAGUGGAAUCUUUUAGAGUUGGCCAUUAUAAUUUUAAGUUGGAGUGCAUUGUCGGUUUUUGUCAAGAGGACGAUAUUGGGUAACCGGGACAUUGAGUACUACCAAAAUAACAAAGACUUGUUUGUGAGUUUUUCAGAGACCGCCGCAGCAGAUGCUGUGUUGGGUUACCUGAUAGCCUUCUUGGUUCUGCUCGCAACCAUCAAGCUGUGGCAUUUGCUCAGACUCAACCCCAAACUCCACAUGAUCACCUCCACACUGCAACGGGCAUGGGCCGAUAUCUCGGGUUUCAUUGUGGUCAUGACCAUCAUGUUUCUGGCCUAUUCCAUUGCUUGUAAUUUAAUGUAUGGAUGGAGGCUCUACUCGUACAGAUCUCUGCUACAGGCCGGUCAAACAAUUAUACGCCUACAGCUGGGGAUCUUCAACUAUGAUGAGGUUUUGGAUUACAAUCCAAUUCUGGGUGCUUGCCUGUUCGGAUCCUGCAUUAUCUUCAUGACGUUUGUAGUUCUGAAUCUCUUCAUAUCUGUCAUCUUGGUGGCGUUCAGCGAAGAGCAGCUUCACCCCACACCCUCUGAAGAGGAGGAAAUCGUAGACCUGAUGUUGACGAAGAUCUACAGCCUUUUUGGAAUCAAAUGCAAGAAAAAGCAAAUCGACAACGAUGACGCCUUGACCAAAGCUUCGGUUAUAUCAUAAAAAGUAUGCUCGUCUCUGUAACCAUGUGACAGUCAAUGCAAGCUUUCUUAAAUGCCUCUUAAUCAUUGUAUGCUUUUAAUUGUUCUUGUAUAUAACUGCAGUUUUAAGGCUUGCUAAUGAAUAGAGGCGAUUUUCUAUUAGAAGUGUUGGUCAAUGCUAAAAAUACAGAUAUCAAGCAUGAAAUAUACAACAUUGUCUGAAUGUUUUUUAUGUCAUUCUAAAACAUUGCGUUUCAUCUAUACAUUUAUGUUUGAUUUGUGAAGGAACACAAACAGUGAUUGCAGAACACUGUCAUAUAGGCCUACUGUCAAAUUAUUCAGAUAGCUUAUUGGUUUUAAUUGAUAACCAAUUGUGUACAAGUAUUGACAAGGAUGAGCACCAUAUGUCGUGUCAAGCCCUGAAGCAUAAAAACAUUACUGCUAUACACAUCACAAAGUCUUCCUAAUGCAGGACCUAUCAGUCCAACCAUGGCAUUAAACUCAAUUCAUAGCCUCCAGCAUUUCUAAUUUGUCUAUGAACGUUUGUCAGAUCUGAAGUAGACUACCUAAACCAGCCACCUAAUUUAAUCCACGCAAGUCUGCAUCCUUUGCUACUCAGUAACAAGUACCUGAAUUUGAGAACAUACACCUAGUAACCAAUAGUGUAGUCCUGACAAAAAAAGUGGUGUACAAUAUAUAUAUACAACCAUAACCCCGACCACAAAUGGUCAAAACACGGGUUAGUGUGUUUGUUUGUUGGUUUUUCUAGCGGCAUAUGACAAUUAUAUCAGUUAAAUUCAUUAUGGUUCACUUAUGCUUUGAGUAUUAUAGAAUUGGAAAAAAAUAAUUAGUGGAAAAGGGUUGGAAAAAACAGGUCUAUGCCAAUACUGUUGACGACAAUACAAUAUUUUUACAAAGCAUCACAUCUUUUUAACACAUCACAUAUACAAGAUUACCUAAAAACAUGCAAGAUUUUACAGAACACAGAUGUAAAUGUGUCAUCACUCCCAUCUCUGUGUCAAUGGUUGUUAAUAAUUUAAGUGGAAUAUAUUAAUGUAUUAAGUAAACGUUGUGGUGACUACAUUAUUUUAAAUGUAGAAUAAACGUAACGCGAUUUAAAAGGACUGUAAAGGGAAUGAGGAUACAGAGAAAAUGUAAGCAUUCUGACUUGUGAGAUUUUAAAUCGUAGGGCUAAGGAAGUGCUUAACUCAUUUAAUCGUGUGUCAUUUAAAGAAGCUGGUAUAAAAAAUUGUGACGUAUCAAAGAUUCGCGAUGCACUGCAAUACCAUCAGGAGAUAAAGCAGCGCAAGAGAAACAGUAAAUUUAGUGUCAAUUUAUUGAUUCACAUUUAAUGUCUAAAACCGCGCGAAAAACGCGAUCUGCUCUGCUUCACAUUUCGCGUCUUUCGCAAGUUCGUUCAUUUGAAUGUAGACGCGCGGCAGGCGCGCGCAAAUAGGGAGCGACGCGGUGUCGAUGCGCAUGCGGUGUGAAUCUCCCGUUUUUCUAGGUUUUGAACGCGAUAUGUGAAUCGCGGCGUUCUGAAAAGUGAAAAAAAAAACGGUGUUUUAAUGCUGCCUCCGAUACGAGGUUUUAAGUGGGACUGCGAGUUUCCGAGACCUUAGACGUCACACCACAAUAAGAACUUGCCACAAAUCUUACGGUAAUACACUUGUUUCAUAUUUUGUGUCGCGAAAUACUUUGUAGUUUGUUUUUACAUUACAUCCAGCGACAAUUUCACUGAAUUCAGUACAGUGUCCCGAGUUCAUAGGUCAAAUGUACAACUUGGAGCGCCCUUCCAAACUUGAUUACAAAGUCGGAGAUGGGAAUAUCCGAGUCGUCUAGACCGCAGAACUAAUACAGUGUGUGCGUUUGACACAUAUGCCUCAAUGAAAACUUACAGCUGCAAAUGUUAAAGUUUACUCUCCAUCACCAAGUUGAAGGUUAAAUUAGACACUCGAGUAGGUACAGAGCCGUUGAUAGAGUUCUGCAAAAGGAAGUCCAAAACAGUGGAGUAUCACGUGAUUCAUGAAGCCUUCAGAUAGCUCCAGAAAGAUGUUUUCUCUUUUAAUGCUUUAUUCCUUUAAUUUGUUAUUCAUUAAAUGGCUUUCGUCUUGAAAUUGGUUCCAAGUUUACCUCAUUCGGACUGUUAAGUAGCAGCUCCAUGCGUUACUAGUAACUUCCGGGAACUAUUAAAAACUGUUCCAUUGGAGUCGACAUAGAACACACGAUUCUCUAUUUAUAGCUCCGUGUAGAUUGAAGUCAAAUGACGUCACACUUACAUUCCUCGCGAAACCAGACCCACCAUAUCAAUGUAUUAAACCUGGGGCAGUUUCCCGGACAGUGAAUAGACAUAUAGGUCUUUUUGCAACACAAACUUUAUGUAGCCUACUGAUAUUUAUUUUUACCAAAAAGUAAUGAAUAGCAGCUGUACCAA